AUGACGACCUCCAAGAAGACCCGCACCACCGGCGUGCCCAAGUUCCUCCGCCACCUCUACUCCAUUCUCACCACCGAAGACCCCAGCAUCAUCUCGUGGUCGGCCGACGGCGCCGCCAUCCAGCUCUACAGCGUCACGCGCCUCGAGAACGAGGUCCUCCCCAAGUACUUUAAACACAACAAACUCGCGAGCUUCCAGCGCCAGCUCAACUACUUUGGUUUCCGCAAGUGGCACGUGUGCACGUUCAGCCACCCCGAGUUCAACCGCAGCUCGACGCUCGAGACGACGCCGAUUGCCCGCAAGCGCGAGGGCUCGCCGGCGUCGUCGCGGUCAUCGUCGCCGUCCAUGUCGCCACUGAUGAUAGUCGAGAGUCUCUCGGUGAUGGAGCUGCCGUCGCUCGACCUCCUCGAGGACCUCUUUGGGUCGGAUGCGACCAAGCUCGAGGACGAGGACAUGAGCGUGGACGCGGCCGACUGGGCGGUAUGCGCAGACCUGCUGGACGGCAGCGACAGCGACAUGACGUGGCUGUCGACGCUCGCGCCACUCGACUUUAGCCUUGUCGUUUGA